AUGCUGGGUAUGGCCGUAGUAGAUGCCCCGUUUACUGUCGAAGAGGCCUCAGCUCCCGACAGUCGACAGGCGCGAAAAAGACACCGCGCGCGCCACACCAAAUCUCGCCACGGUUGCUUCUCGUGCAAGUUGCGACGGGUAAAGUGUGACGAAGCUCGUCCUGUAUGUGGCGCUUGCGCCUCUCGCCAGGAGCCAUGUUCCUUCCCUGACCCAACCGUGAUUGCGCACAGGCAGACCAGCUCGUCCCGGACGCCACAUGAAGGAACACACACCCGCAGUGGUCGUGGUCUCCAUAAUUCGCAGCCCUUUCUGGAGCCAUUGAGGAUUGCUCUGACACCAUCAGUGGGGACUCCCCAGUCAGUCAACGACGACCUACUGGGGAUGGACAAUCUCCUUAUGAUACAGUUUUUCCAUAUGUACACAGCCCAGGAGAUGUCCCUACAUCCGAUAAGGAGCCAGGUCUGGCGGCGGGUGAUUCCCAAUCUCGCGGGAAGGAAUUGCUAUCUCAUGCACCUGCUCCUCUCCUUGGGUGGCAUACACAUGAUCACAGAGCGCCUGAGGCACGGGCCUGGCGGAGAAAGCGACGGCUUGGAGACGGUAGAUUUGCGGGUGGUCAUGGAGCAUCAUCAGAAAGGGUUAAAGGGCUUCAGAGAAGAGGUAGCCCAAAUCUCCCAAUCCAAUGCCGAAGCCGUCUACGCCGGUUCUCUCCUCCUCGUCGGGUUUAUCUAUGCAUCCUUCCAGGUCCCCGAGCUAAAUCCUCCACCCAUUAUGACUGCCGAUUCAGCUUUUAUCCCCGGGCAAAUCCCCCAGACAUCUAACGGGCCCCAGCUAGGCUGGAUGCGCCUGAUCCGAGGGGUCUCGACGGUGGUAGAGGAUCAAUGGCCUGUCUUAAAAUGCAGCCGCUUGCGGCCGAUGGUGCUACACUUCCAUGGGGAUGAGUACUGGAAAGAUCUGCCCUUUGCUUCAUCCAUGUCUCGGCUGAGUCACUGCUCACCGCGUCUCUUGGUAUUUGCUCGGGGAGCUAAUCAAGCCAUCGUGGAUCUGAAAGCCUUCUGGGCCGCCAGCCGGGUUCCCAGUAGCACUGAGCCCAGCUUCGUUGGCUCUCCUACGUCUACUUACUCUUCACCGACAUUCGAUGGGGCAGUUGACGAGCAAUCAAGGGCCAUGGACAUCCUGGAGAUGAUUUAUUCGCGCAUUAUCUCGGUGUUGCAGUGCUCGGUCAGCCAACAUGGUUUCCCGGAUGAUUCCGACAUCCAGGCCAAUUUUGAAGAGGCCGCAGUGCUGUCCUGGUCAAUGCUGAUUCCCAACGAUUUCAUAGGCUUUCUCGAGACCGAUGAUCAAGUGGAUCUUAUCAGGGGAUAUUCCUUGGUCAUCCUCGCUCAUUUCUAUGUCAUCAAUACCCUAGUGGACCGCUGGUUCUUGAACGGCUCCUUCAAAGGGGAGAUCUACAGGAUCCGAGAAUCCGUCUGUAGUUUACGCAACGAGCAAUUGGAUCGGCUCAUGAUGUGGCCCGUGAAGGUUGCGACGCCGUGA